UUGAGAGUAUAUUCAAGUCUGGGCUGUAAUGGCUCGGUCAAUCGUUUGUCAUGUUACGUUGUUUGUGGUGGUGAUAUUGUUGGCAGUUGGUGAGGCGGCAACCCCACCUGGAAUUGCUAACAACCCAAGCCAAGCAACUUGUAAAGACCCGUCGUACAAACAAUGUUACAACUUGGUGCAUGUUUGUCCUAAGUUUUGUGAUAAUGGGUGUACCGUUCACUGUCAGUCAUGCAAACCUAUUUGUAUUGGCUCCACUACACCAUCACCGCCUGAAUUAGAACCCCCACCAUCUUCACCUCCCGCCAUUAGUCCGCCAUCUCCAACCACUCCCACACCAUCAACACAUGCUUACUCACCGCCUCCAUACUCACCACCUCCCACCACUCCUUCACCACCAACUCCGUCAUCACCACCUCCCACCACUCCUUCACCGCCAACUCCGUCAUCACCACCUCCCACCACUCCUUCACCUCCAACUCCGUCAUCACCACCUCCAAUCGUCCCUUCACCUCCAACACCAUCAUCACCACCUCCUACCACCCCUUCACCUCCAAUAGACUCAACACCACCAACGCCAUCCUCACCACCUCCUACCACCCCUUCACCUCCAACAGACUCAACACCACCAACCCCAACCCCAUCCUCACCGCCUCCCACCACCCCUUCAACACCACCAACCCCAUCCUCACCACCUCCUACCACCCCUUCACCUCCAACAGAUUCCACACCCCCAACUCCUUCCUCACCACCACCUACCACCCCUUCUCCACCAACAGAGUCCACUCCUCCAACACCGUCCUCACCAUCUCCCAAAACACCUUCACCACCGACACCAUCCCCAUCAACUCCUCCAUCACCGCCUACCCCCACACCUUCUCCAUCACCUCCUACAUGGUUCCCUACUCCACCACCUCAACCAAAGAAAGCCAAGUGCAAAAACAGCAACUAUCCCCAAUGUUAUGCCACUGAGCAUGUUUGCCCUGCUUCUUGUCCUAAUCAAUGUACCGUUGAUUGUGUUACAUGCAAGCCAGUUUGUACUUGCGACAUGCCUGGAGCAGUUUGCCAGGAUCCUCGUUUCAUUGGUGCUGAUGGCAUCACUUUCUAUUUCCAUGGAAAGAAGGAUAAAGAUUUUUGCCUUGUUGCCGAUAACAAUCUACACAUUAAUGGCCACUUCAUUGGCAAGCGAAACAAAAACAUGGGCCGGGAUUUUACCUGGGUUCAAUCCAUUGGGGUUCUUUUUGACAACCACAAACUACAAAUCAAUGCUCAAAAAACCUCCAACUGGAAUGACGACAAUGAUCAUAUCUCCAUCACAUUUGAUGGGGAAACUAUCUUUCUACCUAAAAUCGAAGGUUCCAAAUGGCAGUCUUCCUCAACUUCAAUCAGUCGGAUUCAAGAUACCAACAACAUCGUUGUUGAAGUUGAAAACCUGUUCAAGAUCACUGCUAAAGUGGUUCCAAUAACAACGGAAGAAUCAAGGAUCCAUAACUAUGGUAUAACCGACGAUGACUGCUUUGCGCAUCUUGAUCUCAAGUUCAAGUUCUUUUCAUUAAGUGAUGAAGUGGACGGGGUGUUGGGACAGACUUACAGGAGUGACUAUGUGAGCAAGGUGAAAAUGGGCGUGUUAAUGCCUGUGAUGGGUGGGGAUAACAAAUUUGUGAGUGCAAAUUUGUUUGCGGCUGAUUGUUCUGUCGCUAAGUUUAAGGGCAGCAGCCAUGAAAACGGUUCCUCUUUGAACUUGGAAUUGCCAAGCCUGAUGUGUCAAAGUGGUUUAAGCGGACGAGGGGUCGUAUGCAAGAGAUAGAUUUUUCUUCUUCAUGAUACUCGUAUUCUUCGUAUAAUUACUAAGUGUAACAAAGAUGUGUACGAGAAUAAGGAACAUAGCUUCCAAGAUCUUGACCGAAUAAAAUGACUUUUAAUAUUAAAACAUUAUCAAUUUGGGGUAUGCAA